AUGUCUGCUGAUUCACUAAGCCGAACUGUCGAACAAAAUGCAUUCCAGAACUUCACCCAGCUUUCGUCCUUUUCACUUCACUUGAAUCUGACCUCUAUGCAAGGCUUUGCGUGGUUGCUCUAUCUUAAGAACCUAAAACACCUUGAUCUUUCGCGUUGCGGUCUUGUAUCUCUGAAUACAGCCGAGUUUACCACUGGAUUCCCGAGUCUGCAAACUGUCGAUCUCAGUUACAACAAUUUGAAGUUUUUGCACCUACCUUUCUUGUCCGAUGUGCCACGACUUCAGUAUCUUGAUAUUUCAUGGAAUAGAUUUAGAAAUUUUCCCAGUCUCUCAUCUGAUACUCUCGUUGUAAAUAUCGCAAAUAAUCCCUUGGAAUGCACUUGUACCAAUGUUCAGCUGAAAAAUGAGGGAAAUUUCCUAACAUCGGACUUUAUUUGCGCUCUUAUUCCAUGCCCAUAUUUCUUGACAUUCAAAAGGGCUUUUUCGAAUUUGACACUGUCUCCCCAAGUUGCUGAAAGUUUCCAAUUUUCCUGCAAUGUGGAUGCCUCAAACUCUGUUGAAUUUGGUGUCUUUUCACCCAUUGGUUUCAUUCCAUCCCCUUCAUGGGACCCCGCUAUAAAUGACACGAAAAUUGCCCAAUACGAGUAUGUUGUUCUUCCUGUCCAACGACCCGUUCGAAUAACUGUUCAGAGAACCACUCGAACUUCCUUUGUGACGGCGAUCGACUACGCGCGCGGUCACCAUAGUGGAGCAUGGCGGUGUGCAGCCCUCUCCAAUGGCGGUUUCCAUCUUGACAACCAACCUUAUACCGUCAUAGUUGGCACCUGUAUCGACCAGCUUUUCCUCACCACGACGAUUCUUGGAUUCAUCGUCAUGACAGUCACACUGGUUCUGGGUCUCAUCAUUGGAGGCGUUCGAUAUCUGGUGGAGACACGUUGUUUCAGACAACCCCAGUCUCAUAAAUUUUUUGUCCGACCCCUCAUCGGCGUUAUUCCAGUUCCCUCAAUGCGGAUAAACAAUGCGACCUCUAUGAAGGAGAUAUCGCUCAGUCAGCGGAUCUGCCCCACCUGCUUGGUGCAACCAGCCUUUCUUUGUGGCUAUUGCCUGUCAGUUCACGCUUUCGCAAAUUUUGAGGUGUUACGCAGUGAAAAAGGCAUUCUUGUGGAACCACCCCCGGAGUACAAUCACAAAGAUGAUCAGUGCCUCGUCGAUGCAUCCACCCUCCUCAUUGCAGAAUGCAGUCCCUCAGUGGAGCGUAGCGUUAAUGACGAUGGGGAGAACCGCAUUGAAGCUAUAGGUGAUGACGAUUGUAGUAAAAUUCAAAAUGAAAUCAGGCAAAUCCCUCACGAAAACGUGCUCAACUACGGUUUUCCCUCGGAGUUUUGUCAUUGCUGCCACCUGGAUAUGCGUUCCACCGACGAUGGUGAGACGUGGACAUCCACGGCACUGCGCGAUGUAAAACUAAUCUUUCAGGAUGAGCAGUUGGCACAGGAGUACACCGAGGUACUGGGGGUACUCCAGGCGGCGGCGGAAUCGAAUGACACGGUGACCUUCCGGGAAAGACUGGAGGAGUUCCGUGGCCGCUUGGUUCGUGACGUAGGUGCGCGGGUGCGGGUUGCACGUGACGAGAUUGUAGCGCUGAAGGAGCGCUCCGCCAAGUCAGUGGCGCGUCUGAGGGACCAGAGCGGCGCAGUGGCUCAAUUCAUGAAGGCGGGUUUCUCGCAGGUGCGUGAUAGCGUGCGCACUGUGGCUGAGAUGUGCACCGGUGGUGGUGGUACCUGUGACGACAGCACUGCUGGUCAGGCGACCAUUGGACAGUCCAUUUCGGUGGUGAGCAUCUAUAAGGACGAAAUGACCAGAAAGCCCAAAGAGCGCUGCGUCUCUAGCUUUACCUUCUAG